AGCAGAUGCUGGGGUGGGGCCUCCCGCCAACCGGCAGGGGGCGCGCGCCUGGCGAAGAGGUGUCGUUUCCAUGGAGCGGGCAGAGGCGGAUACACAGGAGGGGGCUGCUGUGGCCCAGGACCUGCUGGCCUUGGGGUAUGAGGACUUUUGGGGGGCUGUGGCGCUGGGCCCAUCGUGCCCAGACUUCAGGGCGCUGUGCGUGCGGCUGGUGGCGGAGCUGGCGACUCUGGGUGUCUUGGAGCGAGAGGGCUUGGAAGCGGGGAGCGCCGGCGAAGGCUCCGGCGCUGAGGAGGAAUUUCUGCGACAGUUGGCCGGCCUGCUAAAGGAGCUGCACUGCCCAGACCGCGCACUCUGCGGCAGAGACUGUGCGACCGCGUUGCAGGAGCCGGGCGCGUGCCUGCGCCUGCUGCGUGAGCUGAGCGGGGGACCGCCCUGGAUGCGGAAGCUUUCUCUGCACAGAGCUCCAGGCUUCCCGCCUCCUCUGCUUGCGUCCCCGGCGGGAUCCCAGCCCAACGGAGCCCCCGCCCAGUGGGGAAGGAAUAGAGGAGGAAGCUGGCAUGGUUCAGGAACUGAUCCUUACUCUCCAAGCCCUGGGGCUGCCCAGACCCAUGCUGGGAACUUUCGCCAGCAGGCUGCUGCGGGAUAUCCAUGCCAAGGUCUUAGAGCUGCUGCCUUCCCUGCCCCCAGGGUCCCUGCAGCCCCUCCUCACCUACUCGCUGGAUGCACCCAGAUGGCCUUGGAGUCUCUGUGUCAAAGCCUAAGAGGUCAGUACUGCUGCCGCCGAUGCCUCCUCCUCAAGCGCCUGGACCUCACAACAUCUGCAUUCCACUGGAGUGAUCGGGCAAAGGCCCAAGGGGAGGCCAUAAAGACAGUGCUGACCCCAAUUCGAAAGGCUCUGACCCCAGAAACGGAUGUCUCCAUCGCACACGUCCUGGCUGCCCGAGCUGACCUGUCUCGUCUUGUCCCAGCCACGAGCAAGUCUGCCCGCCGAGGGACCUGCUGUGCCAUCAACAAGGUGCUUAUGGGCAACAUGCCAGACCGAGGGGGCCGCCCAAAUGAGUUGGAGGCUCCCAUGCCCAGCUGGCAGAGCAGAAGAGAGGAUGGAGGCAGUCGGAAGGCAGGCCGCCAGUGCUGGGGCCGCAAGAAGAAGAAGAAAUAAAGGACUGGUGGCUGGGGCAGGUGUCCUCUAGGAGUUGCUGACACCAUUGAUAAUACCUGGGGAGCCCGUUUGAGAGUUUUCUUGGCACCUGGCAAUGAGGGCCCACAUACCAUGUUCCUGAGGCCCCCAAUGUCCAUCCCCCGUCUACUAUUUAACACCAAGGACUGCGUUCUCUGGAAAAUAAAUUUAAUUAUAACGGCUAUAGGACCUGUCUGUGUGGGGGCCAGCUUAGGGGGUUCAUGGAUUUGAAGAGGAAUAGGGGCUUCAGUCCUUUGGGUCUAAAUAAGCACCUGGUGCUCUGACCCUCCAAGUCCUUUGCUCUUCAGCAACACAUCUUUCCCUUCCUAUGGGCAUGGGGAAGGAGACACACAGGGGCUGAACAAACAUCAGGUACCCACCAUGUGCCAGCUGGAGAGAAAGCAGUGAAAGGGGCAAAUCAUGAAAACCCCUAUUUUCCUGGAGCUGACAUUUCUGGUAAAGAGGGGCAGAUAUUCAACAAGAGAAAAAGGCAAAAUGUAUAGUUUGCCAGAUGAGAAAAGGACUUUGAAGGAAAAGAAAGCAGGAAGGUAGGAUCAGGACGGGGGGAGAUUGCAACUUUUGAGUGUGGUGAGGGGUGGUCUCACUGAGGGAGUCAUAUGGGACUCUCAGGAAGAGCGUUCCACGGAGAGAGAAUGGCCAGUGCAAAGACCCUGAGGUAGGAGUAUUUUUGGCACGUUCAGGGACCAGGGUAGCUGAAGCAGGAUGAGUGAGGGGGCAGGUGGUGGGAAGUAAGGGGCACAUUAUGUGGAAUGGACCGCUCGAGUACUCUGGGUUCUACACUGUGGAAUGAGCCACGUGAUCCGACUCAGAUGUUCAUGGGCUUUCCUCUCCACCCCUUCUGUAGCCUUCCCUCCUGUCUCUGGAAGCCUAGAGUUUGGAACUCUUCCCAACCUAUCCCCUCCCACUCCUGACCCACGCUGAUGGCCAGUGUAGCACAUCGGUCAGAAGCUUCUGUUUUAGAGGGAGACAGAAGACUUGGGUUUGAGUCUUGCCACCUUGGAUAAGCAGCUUAAUCUCACUAAGCCUCAGUUUCUUCAUCUGGAAAAUGGAGAUUUAAGGAGUUGGUGAAGUAAUGCCCAAGUUUAAAUAUAUCCAACACGGAGCUGCAUACAAAGUGCAGGAAAAGGGAGUAUGGUUAAUAGCUACUCUGAUGCACAAAAGAAAAUAACUUCCUAACUUUCUUUUGGGGGUAAGAGACGGUGGAUGCUUCCAUGAGGGCAGUGUGGAUGCAGAGGAGGCGAUCCCGUUGGGAGUCCUGCUAGAGGCUGAAUAACA